UCGUUCUCCCCCGCCGCCUCCGUCGGCUCUCCCUCUCUCUCUUCGCUCUCCUCACCCCUCGUUCCUCUCACACCGCCGCCGCCGCUUCCUCGUUAAGAUGGCUGACCCCAACAGCGACGGAGAGGUACCGGAGAGCGCGCGCGGCUUCGCCCGUCAGGGAGCCCUCCGCCAGAAGAAUGUGCACGAGGUGAAGAACCACAAGUUCAUCGCGCGCUUCUUCAAGCAGCCCACCUUCUGCAGCCACUGCACGGACUUCAUCUGGGGCUUUGGGAAGCAGGGAUUCCAGUGCCAAGUGUGCUGUUUUGUGGUCCACAAGCGCUGUCAUGAAUUUGUCACCUUUUCCUGUCCGGGGGCCGACAAGGGACCUGCCUCCGAUGAUCCUCGUAGUAAACACAAGUUUAAGGUCCACACUUACUCCAGCCCCACCUUCUGUGACCACUGUGGCUCCCUCCUCUACGGGCUGAUACACCAGGGCAUGAAAUGCGACCACUGUAUGAUGAACAUCCACAAGCGAUGCGUGGCCAACGUCCCGAGCCUGUGUGGGACGGAUCACACAGAAAGGAGAGGACGCAUCCACAUCUCUGCCCAAAUCACCGACGACAGUCUCUCCGUCACCAUCAAAGAGGCUAAGAACCUGGUGCCCAUGGACCCCAACGGCCUGUCAGACCCCUACGUCAAACUCAAGCUGAUCCCAGACCCCAAGAGCGAGAGCAAGCAGAAGACCAAGACCAUCAAAUGUUGCCUCAACCCCACCUGGAACGAGAGCUUCACUUUCAACCUCAAAGAAAGUGACAAGGACCGCCGUCUGUCGCUGGAGGUCUGGGACUGGGAUUUGACCAGCAGGAACGACUUCAUGGGGUCGCUGUCGUUUGGGAUCUCAGAGCUACAGAAACAAGGGAUAGAUGGAUGGUUUAAGCUGCUGUCCCAGGAGGAGGGAGAAUACUUUAACGUUCCCGUCCAGCCAGAGGGAGAGGAGGGUAAUGAGGAGCUACGACAAAAGUUUGAGAGGGCAAGAGUUGGUCCAGGGAAGCCCACCGACUCAUCUUCCUCUUCUUCAGUGUGCAAGUACGACAGCAACGGCAAUCAGGACCGCGUCAAGCUCUCAGACUUUAACUUCGUCAUGGUUCUGGGCAAAGGCAGCUUUGGCAAAGUGAUGCUGGCUGAGAGGAAAGGUACAGAUGAGUUGUACGCCAUCAAAAUCCUGAAAAAAGAUGUGGUGAUCCAGGACGAUGACGUGGAGUGCACCAUGGUGGAGAAGAGAGUCCUCGCUCUGUCUGGAAAACCACCUUUUCUCACUCAGCUGCACUCAUGUUUCCAAACCAUGGACCGAUUGUAUUUCGUCAUGGAGUAUAUUAAUGGAGGAGACCUUAUGUACCAAAUUCAACAGGUCGGCAAGUUCAAGGAGCCCCAUGCUGUGUUCUACGCUGCAGAGAUUGCCAUUGGUCUUUUCUUUCUUCACUCAAAAGGCAUUGUGUAUCGAGAUCUGAAGCUGGAUAAUGUGAUGCUGGACUCAGAAGGCCAUAUAAAGAUCGCAGACUUCGGCAUGUGCAAAGAGAACAUGUACGACGGAAUCACCACAAAGACUUUUUGUGGAACGCCAGACUACAUCGCUCCAGAGAUAAUAGCCUAUCAGCCUUAUGGGAAGUCUGUGGAUUGGUGGGCUUUUGGAGUACUGCUUUAUGAAAUGCUCGCCGGACAGCCGCCUUUUGAUGGUGAGGAUGAAGAUGAGCUGUUCCAGUCGAUCAUGGAGCAUCAUGUCUCUUAUCCUAAAUCAAUGUCCAAAGAAGCUGUUGCUAUCUGCAAGGGGCUGAUGACCAAACACCCAGGUAAGCGUCUGGGCUGUGGUCCAGAGGGGGAGAGAGACAUCAAGGAGCACGCCUUCUUCCGCUAUAUAGACUGGGAAAAACUGGAGAAUAAAGAGGUCCAGCCACCUUUCAAACCGAAAGCUUGUGGGCGUGAUGCGGAGAACUUUGAUCGCUUUUUCACGCGCCACCCCCCAGAGCUGACCCCCCCAGAUCAGGAGCUUAUAGCCAACCUGGACCAGGAAGAAUUCCAAGGCUUCUCAUUUGUUAACCCUGAGUACCCUCACACAUCUCACUGACUAUGUCACAUAUCACUGGGCUGAAUUAGUAAUCCCCUACACCUCACAAGCAUACUGUACAGAAACAAAAAAAGGUCAUCGCGAUGUCAUACCCAGGCUGCAUUCGACAGGGUUAAAGAAAUAACAGGACAUUUUGGUGCUUAUUCAGUCUCUUUCCCAAAGUGCAAUGAGUAGAAUUAGGUCAAUCUAGUGGGUUUGUCAGGUGUGGAGCUUGAGUCUGGAAAUGAUUAUCUUAGCUUAGCAUAAAGCUUGGAAGCGUCUUGAAACAGCUAGCUGGGCUCUCCCAAAGCUUAAAAAUAUACCAACCAGAACUAAAACUAAUAACUAAUCGUAUUUGUUUUACAGAAAUGUAAAAAUGCAUGCUAAGUUUGCACAGAAGAGCUAAUCUGUUAGCACCUGCAGCUGCACCUCUAGUUCUUACUUAAGUUUACAGUGAAUCUAGUUUGUUUAAACUGCAAGUGCUGGGUGGACAAAUGUAGAAGUAGUUACACCACAUAGCCCCUCCUAACACCGGGAGACUUUUGAAAGACUGCUAUGACCUGCAAUAUAAAGUUCACAACACAGACAGUGUUAGCUGAAGAUGUCAAUAAGCUACUUCCCGAUAGCUUUGUGAGCUUGUCCAUAGGAAGUAAUGCUCACCAGAGCACAGGGAUUAAUGCAGAAAAGCUUAUCACCAAAUCAAUAUACUGUCCUUUCACUGUGACAGAAAUGUUAAAGUUAAAAGCUUUCCCAUCAGCGCCAUGUGUAUACUUGCUAAUUAGCAAAUGUUAGCAUGCUAACAGGCUAGACUAAGCUACUAAGCACUAUAAACUUUUUAGAGGCUAAACGUCAACAUGUUAGCGUUUGUGUUUUAAUUAUUCUAGCAAUUUGACUUCAUCAUUUAGUUUUUGGGCCUCAUAGAGCUGCUAGCAUAGCUGUAGAUUAUAAGUGUAGUUGCCAGUUUUUUUGUCAAUAAUCAUCUGACAGCGCAAAAAAGAACUUUCUAGCUAAUUAGCCAGGCUUUUCUACCUCUGUUAAUCACAUGACUUUCACCUUGCAGGUUGUUGCAGUCACUAGAGAGUCUGUACGGUGUACGCAUUAAACAAACUGAAUAAUAUGUCUGGAUAUUAAAGCUAUUAUUAUUAUUAUGGGGGUAGAACAAGCCCAGCUCUCGCCAUCCACCUUCCAGUCCUCAUGCUAAGUGAAGCUAAUUGUCUCCAGGUUACAUCUUUGUCCCUAUUAUAAGACUGAUAUUAAUCAUCUCAUCUGACACUUGGAAAGAAAUCAGAUAAGCCUUUCACCCAAAAUACCAAGAUUAUUUCCUUAAGUAACGUUCAGAUGGAAAUGCAGACAGGUACCUCAAAGGAUAUUAAUCAGGAGAAAUAAUCAGAUAUUCACGUGUCAAGGUGCCAGUAAUAGGCCACUCUUGUUUCUAGUGGCGACACAGUUCUCACUUUACUGCAGAUUAGCUCGUCACGUUAACACGGCUGUACUCCUAUCAGCUGGCUGUAUUUCUAUCUUUAGCGCAGAAAUGUUGCUCGCUCCUGAAUGCUGCCCGGCUGCUCACAUCAGCAGGUUAAUGUCUGACCUCAGGGCCGACCUGAACCUGCUCCGUCUCUGUGUCACCCUCCCUGUAACUGAUUAUUGACUAUGACACCCUAUCAGUGAUAUUGAUGAGUGUACGAUGAUCACAUGUUGGUAAUUCAUACAGUGUAAGUGAAAACUGACAAAUUGCUUUGCUAUGAUUGUUUGAGUACUGAUCAGUUUCCUAAUGUUGACUUUACUUUUGUCUAUAGGACCAAAUACUUACAAACUUUCUGUUCAGUCAGUGUUGUGGUGAGCUUACCUGCAUUUCUUUUGCUGAUUCAAUUUUAAACCACAGAACUAGAAUUCUUUACACAUGCAGUCAGCGAGAGUUUAAGUCUCUGUCAAGCCGAAAGCUCAUUACUUUUCUCCUGAUUCAUUUCUGAAAGCAUUCACAACAUUACACUGUGUUUUUAAUGACAGCGGACAUAUCUCUUCGCUUGUACACAAGCAUUUUUUGAGAAUUUCAUGUAUGACGAAGCUGUCUAGAGUCUUGUGAAGCUGGUAUUUGUUAGUUACAGAAACAGGAUGUCCUGAAGUGCCAAUAUGGUUCAUAAUCAUGAGGAUGUGGAAGAAUAUUGUCCUCAACAACUGUGAUGAAGGGCAGCCAUCUUGUGCCAUUUUGCAGUACAUGUAUAAUUAUUAUAAUAUGCAUUAUAGCUUAUCUGUUCACCUACAAUAGAAAACUCUUGGAAAGUCAUUUUCAUAUCUGAAAUGAAUUGUCUGAGUUGUAUUAUACUUUUGUAACUGUGUAACGAUGCAGGGUAGUAACAAUGUGUCAAAUCUUGUUCUUUGAGCUCGUAUCAAAAAAUGAGGAGGCAGCAAGGCGACAUCAAAGAUUUACAAAAAUGUCUCGCUGAAAGAGACGAGGAUUCUAACAGGGCAAAAAAAAACAGUGAGAGCUUUUUGUGAUGAUGGUGACAAAUCAAUGUUGAGAUAACGAGAGCUACAGUAGAGAUAAAAUACAUAUAUUGAGUUCUGUAUCAGAGAGAUAUUUGGAGAAAUUGUUGCUGGAUGGGAGAGAUGCUUCUGUGGAUUGUGUAAUUGUCCUGUAUGACUGGAAACUGAUAAUAUACUCACUGGUGCCUACCAGACUAA